AUGUUAUUGCCUGUCAUCUAUAUCUUGUUUGUUUUAGUACAAUUUUGUACUAAUGAAAAAUUGUGUAAUAUUGGUAAAACUCAAACUAAUGAUAUUACGCAUUGUACAAAACCAACUAAAAAAGGUUCUGGAUCAUUAUGUUCUGAUAAAAAUCUUGAAUAUUCAAUUUCUUCUGAAGACCUUGAUUUAUUAAAAAAAAAUAGUCUAACAGUUAAUACUGAACCUUGUCCAUCAGAUCCAUCUCUUACAUGUCUUAGUAUUGAUUGUCAAUCAUUAAUUGGUGCAGGAACAUAUGGAUUAGUUGUACGAGGUCAAUCAACAGCAGUUCAUUUUCCUGUUGCUAUAAAAUUUAUUAAAUUACCAACUAAACUUGGUACUGUUUCAUUUAAUACAGCAGGUCGUUACAAUCGUAUUGAUCUUCAAUCACUUAUUGAAAAUAAAGGAAAUGAAAAAUGUUUACGUGAAGCUGCUGCACUUCGUCUUACAACAGAAUAUGAAAUUCCAUCAAUACCAAAAUAUGUUGCAUAUAUAGAAACAUCAUCAUAUAGAAUUCUUGCUAUGGAAUUACUUGAAGGUUAUGAAGAAUUAUCAAAGAUAAUUGAUAAAUUAUCAUCAAAAGAUUUAAUUUAUAUAUCAUGUCAAACAGCAGCUAUUGUUUGUAAUUUAGAUCAUAUUGGUAUAUCACAUGAUGAUAUGCAUGAAAGAAAUAUAUUAGUUGAUCGUAAAAAUAAUAAUAAAGUUAGUAUAAUUGAUUUUGGUGGUGCACAUUUUAUUGAAAAACAAGAACAUUUUACAAGUGCAAGUAAUUUUUUAAAACAACCAAUUAAUUUAUUAGGUCAUUUAAAACGUAUUGUUAAAGAAGAUAUAGUUGAUUAUAUACAAUCAAAAGAAAAAAAAGAACUUGGAUAUUUUUGUUCAAUGAUGGAAAAAAUUACAACAAGUAAAAAUGAUCAAGAAAAAGAAGUAAUACCUUAUUAUUAUAGAAUAUUAUUUGAAAAAUAUUGGAAAUUUAGUCAAACAAAUAAAAAAUUAUUUAAGUGUAUAUUAACAAAAUAA